AUGUGCGACGACGACGUUCCUCCUACUGCAUCCAAAGCUCAGGACAAAGCCGCGCGGUUGUACGAGCAGACCCUUGCGGUCGCAUCUACGGCCUACAACGAGCUUCCUGACCACGUCAUAUUGCGCCAAGAGAAGGAAGACAUGUACAUGGAGGCUUUGUAUUAG